ACACGUGUGUGUGUGUUAUAAUUUAACAUAUAUAGAUAUUAUAAUUCUACAUCACGCCAAUCGUUUGUUUUUAGGAGUUCCUCAUCAACUCAGACCAGCGUACAUCAGAAUCUGACAUCCUUAGGAUCACACUAUCGUAUUAUUCAGUUGUUAUUGAUUUUCUGUUGUGUUUUCAUUGUUUUUUUUUAUUUUUUUAUUGCUAUUGAGAUGUAAACUAGCGGAAAAUGGCUGGAGCGGCAACAAAAGCUUUCAUUUUACUUCGGUUCUAAUAUUCAGUUAAUUAGAAAGCUAGAUCCAACUUGUAUUUAACUUUUUGGUUUAUAAAUAAACUGGCUUCACGGGUUCUUUUGGCAAACAGCCAUAUAGUGAAGUAUUUAGAAAGUUAUGAAUCAACCCACAGUUACUUAAAACCACAAUGACUUUGGUUUUAGUCUUGUAUGCCACAAAACUUUAUGAACAUAGUGCUGUAAUAGUAUUUAUACUUUAUUUUAGAUUUGGUUGAUUUAUGCCCAGAAAAAUAAAUAUUGGUAAAACCCGCACUGGAGCCACCUCCACCAUACUCCAUUUUAGACAUCUGUUCUGGAUCAUUUAUCUAUAUUUACUUGAUGAUUUCUGGUCAGAGUGAUAGUGCAGUGUUUGUGCUGGAUGUCCCCUCAGUUAAUAUUUGAUUUGCUUUCUGGAUUGCUAUGUAAAAAGCAUGUCAAGUAAAAAAAAAAAAAAAAAAAUUGUAGGACAAGGUGUGGGAGAGAUGGGGUUAAGUUUAUCCUUGCUAACAGUCACAUUAGGUAGUUGAGUGCUAAUUGGGGAAUGGCCACCUGUAUAUAAAGGAAUUAAAAUCCUUUGUUGGGGGUGAGUUUAUAACUGUGUUGUUGAAUGUUGUAGUGUAGGUGAAUGCCCAGCCUAUGCAUGCUUAUUUUCUUCUAACCUUUUAUUUUGGCCCCUGUGCCUUUGUUUAUUUGUGUUUUGUGUUGAAUUAAAGAGCGCUUUGAGCUUAAACUGCAGCUUCUGUCUCUGGGUUUGCUUUCCUGCCGCUGACCUGCCUUGACCGCAAUGCUACCCUGCUACACAUGGCUGUCUAGAGUUCUGAGCGCUGUUUUUAGUGGGAAGCUGACAGAUGCAUAAGCUGAUCUGAUGAUGGGUGCCAAUCUGUAGACCAGUAUAUACAGUAGGUAGAAAUAUAAACCAGGAUCUUAGACAAUUUGAAGAAUCAUUUUAAGUAUAACUGUGCUUCUUAACAUCGACAGGAGCUAAUAUGAUCUGUCAUUUAAAAUGUAAGUGGAAUCCACUAUCAAACACCUUGCAAUGAUCUACACACCCCCAUUGUCCUCUGCAUACAUGUUAAUGAUUUACAUCCUGCAUGAUUUCUGUUCUUAAUAUCUAUAGACUCACACAGUACAUGUUAUAGAAGAGAGCAAAAGUGAAACAACCCCCCCCACAUUCUACCAAGAAAAACACAAGGAUCGAAAAUAAAAGUAAAAAAUAAAUAAAAAGCAUCAUAGAACAGUAUCAUUUAGGGUUUCUGAUUUUUGGUUUUAACCGAUAAACACAGAUAAAACACCCCCAAUACAAAAAAAAAGUAAAAUAAAAUGCAAUCUGUGUAUAUCCAAUGAAUACCAGAAGAACACUGGAAAUGGUUACUCAGUUCACAUUGACUUCACCCCUUUCCCCGUGCAGUUAGUUAUGCAAUGUCCCUCCUUCCUGGCUUGUAUCCAGCAUGGAUUUGUUCUGAAUACUUUAAACCCACCCAAUGUAUGGAGUGCCAGCAAAUUACAACAUUUUUAUAUGAGACUCAGCAGAUAGGGAGGAUUGUACACACUUGCGAGAUUUAAAAUGGACAUUGCAGUUAGAUAUUGAGGAUGGUUGUUGCUCACAGGAUUUAAAGCUAUAUCAGUUUGAUAGGGAGAAUUGUACACACAGGAUUUAAAACGGGAUUACAAAUUGUGGAUUUAAAAAAAAAAAAAAAAAAAAAAAAGCCUAGACACACAAACACCCCAGAAGAAUAUGCCCAUGACCAUAAAAAUUUAGUUGUGGAAGACAGCAAAGGGAAGAAGGUUCUAGUGUGUUGAAGUUAAUGGGUCCUGCUGAUCAGAGUCCUUUUUAAGUACCUGAGCUGGCAUCAUGUCUGCAAGGCUAGUUUUUCUGUCUUUGGUCUGCAGGGCUGUGGCUGUUGGAGAGCAUGUUACUACGUCACAUGUUCCGCCAAAGCGUCCUUACUUUGUCGACUGCCGUUCCCCAGAACAGGAGACAUUUAGUUGUUGGUGGAGUGCUGGGGAUUACCAGAAUCUAACAGGGCCUGGUGCACUGAGUGUCUUCUUUCAGAGAAAUAGAGAUGUUUGGAGGGAGUGCCCAGACUACAUCACGGCUGGUGAAAAUCACUGUUAUUUUAAUAGUACCUACACAUCUAUUUGGAUUCCAUACUGUGUCCAGCUAAGAUCACAAAUCCAGGACCUUGUUUAUCAUCAGAUGUGCUUCACUGUGGACGAAAUAGUUGUCCCUGACCCCCCUGUUGGUCUGAACUGGACGCUACUGAACAUUAGCCAGACGGAGCAGCACUUUGAUAUCCUGAUACAAUGGGAGCCCCCUCCUUCAGCAGAUGUCAAAAAAGGCUGGAUAAGUCUAGUAUAUGAGCCACAGUACAGAGCUAUCAACAUGUCUGAUUGGAAGCCGCUGGAAGUUGAGAGAGCAUGCUACCAGUCUGUUUAUGGGCUGAAGACUGGCAUGGCAUAUGAAAUCAGGGUGCGGUGCAAACAGGCUGUUUCUGAAAAAUUCAGUGAAUUCAGCGACAGCCUUUAUGUGUACAUUCCUAAGGUGCCUUCCAAAGAAGCCCUGUUUCCAUUUACAAUGGUCUUAAUCUUUGGAGCACUGGGAGUGAUUGUAGUCCUAAUGUUCAUUAUUUUCUCCCAACAACAGAGGUUGAUGGUGUAUUUCCUGCCACCUGUGCCAGUCCCAAAAAUUAUGGGAAUUGAUCCAGAACUGCUGAAGAAAGGCAAACUGGAUGAAUUGAACUCUAUUCUCAGCGGCCAUCACACCUUUAAGCCUGAACUCUACACCGAUGACCUGUGGGUGGAGUUCAUUGAGCUGGAUAUUGAUGACCCAGACGGGAGAUCCAACCACUCGGACACUCACAGACUGCUUGGCUCAGAGAACCUGAGCAGUAACUGCCUGAACAACAAGGACGACGACUCUGGACGCGCAAGCUGUUACGAGCCGGAACUCCCUGACUCUGACACGCUCGACCAAAGCCAGGCUGAUACCAGAGAAGAGAAGGCAAGCCUCCUGGACUCUGCCCAUUCGCGUACUACGGAUCUCAGGCCAGCUGGCAGGAGCCACCCUGGAGCCACUGCUGAAGGAGCAAGCAGAAGUCAUCCCCAGGUCCAGUCCCAGCUGAGCAAUCAGAGUUGGGUAAACCUGGAUUUCUAUGCCCAGGUGAGCAACAUCACUCCAGCAGAGGGGGUUCUGCUGUCGCCCGGCCAGCAGAGCAAGAUUGAGAAAAAUGCAGAAGCACACGGCUCCCCCAAAACCCAAACGUGCCAACUUCCCAUGACCGCAGACUGUGCCUACACCUCAGAGAUGGAUGCGAAAAACAUAAGUGCCACACCUUCCCUUAGUGGGAACGAGCCAAAGAUUACAGUGAGCCCCUACACUGUGAGUGAAGCCCCAGCCAGCUCAGUUCCACCAGUCUCAGACUACACCACUGUGCAAGCAAUAGAUUCCCAGCAGAGCCUGCUUCUGAAUCCCUCAACGUUGCCCACCAAGGGCACUCCUGUGCCAGCUGGAUAUCUUACCCCAGAGCAGUUGAACAGCAUUAUGCCCUAAGUGUUUCAAAACCACAGACGCAAGCUUGCUAUUAACUUUUUCAUCAUUUUUACAUCAAACCAAAACAUCAUGCCGGAGGCAUACAGAUGAAUGACUAUUGUGUGGCAGUAGUGGGCAAUGUGGUGCAGCAGCGUUGGUUUCCUUGCAAUUACGUAAGGUUUGAUGGCAAAAAUAAUUUAAAAAAUUUAAAAAAAAAAAACACUACCCUUUGAAGCAGGAUUCCUACAGUGGCUCAGUUAUCAUUCUGAUUUGAAUUUUGGACUGAAAUUCCGGUUCUAUGUAUACAGAAAAUGUUGAAUAGUAUUAUAAGUAAGCACACAUUGCUGGAUCAGAGGGAACACAAUUAUGGCACUAUCCCACACAAGUGUUACUUAAAAUUAAUCCAAAUUAAUAUGUAAUUCUACAUAAAAUCUUAAAAGGGUUAGAGGAAAAAAAAAAACUGAAUGUACAUUUAAACUUCUGCUGACUUUGUCUGGAGCAUUUUUUUUUUCUAGAUGUAUAGAAUUAGAAAGAUAAUGUACAUGGUUUUUGGUGUUUACAUUAUUUUCCCCUAAUUCUGUGAUUUGGUUCUGUAUAGUUUGACACAGUUGACAACCUGAAGUUGAGUUUUAGUGUAUAAAACAUAAUUAUCCUUACCAGUGUUUGAAAUAGAAAUAAAAUGCUUGUACCCAGAGAACUGGGGGCCCGGGGAGGGGGGGGGGGGCACGACAGAGGUUAUACAUGAGUCUGCAACAUUAACUAAAAUGUGUAACGUGUCACUGGAGAUAUUCAUUAAAGCACUAACUUCAGGCUUACUAAACCAGCAGCCAAUAAAUAAAACAAACAAAUAGGCUUUUACUAGGUUUAACUGCUUGGUUUGUCUUUUUAACCAGCCUUAAAGGGUAAGUAAUGACCUUUUUAUUUUAUUGUGUUACAUGUUCCCAUGUGUUGCUACAACUGUUUACGUAAAGUAUAUG